AAUCGAUGUACUCAAAUAUAGCGGUUAGAAUUACAUUUUAGUGUCGUGUCGGAGUUGAUUUUUAUUCGAAAGAGACUUGUUUGACGAAUUUUUGUAUCUAAAAGUUGAUUCAUUUUGUGAAAAUCUACAAGUCAGUUCCGCUCUGCAUCGUUGAAACGUUUAUUCAACACUUCAAAACAUUCGACAAGCCUUUCGAUAAACAUUGUCCCGACAAUUGUGCAUUGUUUCUUCAACAAAAAUGAACUCACUGCCCUUGUAAUUGCGCAAUGCUGAUGUUAUGAUGCACCAGAAUGCAGUAUAUCACUGCAUUCGUACUGAUCCUUUUGUGGACGGUGAAAAAGCUACAAUGUUCAGACCGGAUGAACAAUACAGCGGGACACAUAGUGAAGCUGGUUGUAUCGCCGAAACCAAUCGAAGGUGUGGGAAUCAGGCCGAUUAUUCUUAAGAAAGAAUCUCAAUCUUUGAAUUUGACGUGUCAAAUUGUUUAUCAAAAAACGGAGAGAAAUGACAUUCCAUUACCGUAUGAAGAUCCACUGCCAACUUACAUCGUUGACUGGAAAGCUUUGAAUUCCAAUGAUAAUCGGUUCAAACGUGGUCAGAAUGAGAACAGCGCUUGGCUCUGGUUUGAGAAGCUCGCGGAAGCAGAUGCUGGAGAUUACAGCUGCCAUGCCAUUUCGUUGAACGCGUCUAGACAGCCUAAGGUGUCUGCCGAGAUUCAUUUGUCUGUCAAAAACCAAGUUGGAACAUGCGGAUCAAACUGGUUCAGAUGCUACUCAUCCCGUUGCAUCAACCGGCGAUAUCUGUGCGAUGGCAUGGCCGACUGCGGGGAUGGAGAGGACGAAACAGCCGUCGCUGGCUGUGGGCCGGAUCCAUGUGCCGGAAAGAUACCUUGCGGGGAACGUUGUUUACCUCGUGCUUGGUGCUGCGAUCUUGGUAACUGUAAUGCAAGCUUGCCAAUUGUUCGUCCCGAUCCACCUGGAAUUAUUUCUACCGACCAGCAGCGGUUCAAUGAUAUGGGAUUUCUGCAAACUACUAUCUACACUGUCAUUGGUUGCGCAAUGGCAUUCAUGUUCAUCGUUACAAUACUAGUUAUAAUGAUAUGUAGAGUUCAUAUGAAACGUGCCAUGAAUUCGAGAUGUCCGCAACAAGUGAGAAAUCCAGGGUCGCGACCACGCCAUAGCGUCCCAUUGUAUGAUCUUGAUGUGUACUUAAAUAGAACUGCGGAUAUUAACAACCAAGGAGGGGUCACAGUAACUUAUAACAUCAAUAAUGGAGUUCAAUUUGUUGGAAGGCCUGUAGAGCCGCCACCAUAUUCUGAAAUUGCACCCGUUCCCCCGAGGGAAGGCCCUCCACCCCCAUAUGUGUCCCGCGAAAAUCUGCUUGACUCUCCGAUCGUGUCAAACUUGAAUUCCAAUGAAGUCCAGCAAGCGAACAGUCAUAGUUUAACUACGGAAUUUAUUAACAACGAAGGUACGGGAUCUCGGAUUGCUUGUAAUUAUCAGAACAAUCUUAACUCGGCAAGUGUUAAUUGUUUUUCGAGUGGUCAGAUACCAGGGCCCCAAACUACACCGGGUUUCAAUCGUUUCAACAUGAGUUUAAUAUGUGAUAAUACGUCGAACACGACAUUAAAUACUUCUACUAGUACAGCUCUUAAUACUAGCAGCAAUUCGGACUCUAGUAGUAAUGAUUCUGUCGGGAAUUUUGCCAUCUGCAGAAACAUAACGUCACAUUCGCAAAAUUUCGAGCCGGAGUAUACAGAAACAGAUUCACUCUUGACAGAAAAUCGUCGCGAUGUUCAGACCCAGUGUGCAGAUCGUAUUGUCCGAAGUUCUGAUUACCCUUGUACAGUUUUGAACGGCCAAAUAACUAAUGGAAUUCAAGAUACGGUUGGAGUUUUAAAGAACACCACGAGUGCAGAGGUUCCUGCAUUGUUAUCCGAUAAUCACAGUGGUCAAACUCCUAAAGAAACACUGAACGAUGUCAGUAAUAACUUUGAUUCGAAAAUGAGUACAAAUUUUCCUGUCAACAAACGGUAUGAAUCACAAAUAUUGAAAAACUUGGAAGCAGAAUCUUCUUUCUUAGACUCGGAAUUCAAAAUCUCAUGUUCUGGUGAAACUAGGAUAAAUAAGAAUGAUAAUUCGGUUCAGAAGUCAAUUCCAGUUGGGAUAAAUUCGUUGAGCAAUCAAGACAUGGAUUCUACCUUGCAGAGACUUAGCUCCAAAACAGUUUUGGACCUGAGCUUACUAGGUGAGUCAUCGAAAAAUAAUUUGUCAAGAAAUAAUAGCGAAACUGCGAGAUCCUUGCCAUUUCAUUUAAAUUUCAACAACCCGGUGCGCGGUUAUGUAGAAUCUGAUAGAGAUUUAGGCGGAUAUAACUCGAGUCUAGUAAUUGCAAAUGGAGAUCCAAUCAAAACACACCGUAUAUUAGAAACGAAUAAUCUUUCGUCUACAAAUGACUCUGUGAAAUCUUCCUCCAGAAUGAGUACAAUUAGGAAAGAUUUAAGCGAUCGUGUAUCAAACGUGUCUUUGAGUCGUGAAAACCUCGCUACAUGCACAGAGGACUCACCGACUAAUGAUGAUGAAAGUAUGGAACGUUUUCCUGGAUAUUUGAAUAUAAAAGACGACCAAAUGCUGAGGGUGCCUUUAGUAGCUACUGAAGAUAGCUUGGUGAAUUACAAUAAUUUCACUGCCAGUCUGACCACGAGUGAUAUACUGGAAGAUGGCAAACAGACUAUUCAAUCUGAAGGCAGUAUGCCGAUAAGAGAAACUGAACCGUUGGUAAUGCCUUUGCGUGAGUCGUUUAUUGGCGUUCGAAAAGAAGAAUGAAAAUAUUUUUAAUAACAACUAUACGAAAACGAUUUUACAAGGCCUCGAUGAGGUGAAAUUUUAGUGCACAGCACAUUUGAAUUCAAGAAAGUGUUCUUAUAUCGAUGACGCGACAGUGACCCGUGUUUUUUUGGUUUGUCGAAUACAUUUCUACUGUUGAUUGUAAAAAUAAGAUGGCAGCAGCUAAUCAAAGUUGAUGUAGAAAAUAGACUCAUAUACAAGCUUAAACGCAGGCGGUUUUUCAUUUACUAGAAGACUAAGGUGAUAAUCUAUUACACUUGGCAGCAUAGAAUACAUAUUGCACUUGUAAUCAGUAAAGCUCUUAUACCUCGGCUCACUGUUGCAAGAGUAUUAGUGCAGUAGUGACGGCAGUUAACUCAGCUUUAAGGAGAAACAAAAAAUUAACUCAAUUAAAAAACGAAGUCAGUCUUCCCAAUUCAAGUUUCGCCAAUCCUAAACUAUUAUCAAUUAUUCGUUUCUUUAAUUUUUUUUCCCCGCCCACAUUUUAUGCGAAUAUUUUUACGAAGUAUGAAGAGUAUUUACGAAGUAUUAUAGGACAGGAUCAUUUCAUACGAAAUUGUGCAAUCGAUUCACGCUCAUAUUUCCGAAGUGGCUAAUGUUUUUCUAAUCCUCCUAUCGUAAUAAGUAGCGUGCACAAACUGCAAAAAUUCUCAUUCUAUAUGAAAUUUUGGACAUUGGAAUCGGGUUCUUCAGGCAAUUUCACAUAAGAAAUGUUACUUACAAUUAUUCUUACGCUCACGGAAAGAGUAGACAUAUUUUUUUACGACUUAUACGUCGUAAUUGUCGCUGAAACCGUUGAAAAUUCGUACAGCAUGAAAUGGCUGCACCAUUUGAUGUAGAAUGACCGAAUAUAUCCUUGAUUAUUCAACUUCACUAAUAAUAGGUAAUGAAUUUUAUUUAAUUUCUCAUAUUUUUUAACAGAACAGUUUUGUUCUCGAAUUUUCGAAUAAAUAUAGUAAUUAUAUAAUCGUAACUUACAAUUAGUUAUACGAAAUGAAAUUCACUCAACUACCAAGGAUAUAGAAAAAAAAGUUACGAUAUCUUGCAAUAAUCAUUGUAAUGCCUCUAUUAAAGCUGAUAGAUUUUAAAUCUAAUAUUAGAUAGUGUCAAUCUAUAUUUAAACUAGACAUACGUAUUGAGAAUCAAUUGACUUAAUAAUAAUGGUUAAAGUACAGUAGACAAUAAGGGAUUAACGCAUGCAUUAUGCAGAAUGCCAAUUGUAGAUAUAUUCAAAAGCUGUGUGUGAAUAUUUUAUGCAUUGUGUUCAAGAAAAGACUAGAAAAUAUUUUUGAUUGCAUCGACAUCGGCGGUUAUUCAUAUCAAUGUUAUAAAAGAAAGCAUGUAAUAAAACUAAAAAACAAAAAGAAUGUAAGGAAAUCGGAUAUGAAAGGAAUCGUCUAUAAUGCGUUACAUAUCGAGUGAAUGAUGUUGGAAUAUAACAUCUUACUGCAUUGUGAUUAUUUACAUAGAUAUACAUGUAUGUAUGUACAAAGAUAUAGUUGUACAUUUUUUUAGGAUCCUGCCUAGAGUUGUUUUUGCGUUCCGUUUUUAUUGCGCACACGUUUUCAGAGGCUCAACUACAGUAUACUACAUGAAUACGUGCGUUUCGAAUUGAUGCACAUCGAUAAUAUACGUAAAUUUACGGGUCGGAAGGCCCCCCCCCCCGAAUAUCCUAAAAAAUGUUAUACGUCAGUGAAAACUGCAAGAAUCAGAUCUCCUGUUAAAUUAUAAAAUUGUUGAAUCGAUUGACCCUUGGGUUACCAUGCCUACUGUAAACUUAAGAAUUGAAUAUUCUAAUAGUAUCUAUACACAAUUUUUCCCGCCAUUUCUCAUAAUAAUAUUGUUUACUAUUAUACCAUGAUGUUGAAAAUAUAUUGCCAUUUUCAAUUACUGUUA